AUGCCUCAGCGGGGGGUUUCAUUUCCAGACAACGGCAAGAGCAUCGGCGUGGUAUUUCCCAGCCAAGAUCCCCUGGACAGAGCAGAUUUCAACGCUGUGGAGUAUAUUAAUACUCUCUUUCCAACUGAGCAAUCUUUGGCAAACAUCGAUGAAGUUGUGAACAAAAUCAGAUUGAAAAUAAGGAGGCUGGAUGACAGCAUUCGAACUGUAGUGCGCGGGCAGACCAACGUGGGACAGGAUGGCAGGCAGGCCCUGGAAGAAGCCCAGAAAGCCAUUCAACAGCUCUUUGGUAAAAUUAAGGAUAUUAAAGACAAGGCUGAAAAAUCUGAACAAAUGGUUAAGGAAAUCACGCGGGAUAUCAAGCAGCUGGAUCACGCCAAGCGUCAUCUGACCACCUCCAUCACCACCCUCAAUCACCUGCAUAUGCUGGCGGGGGGGGUGGAUUCACUCGAGGCUAUGACCAGGAGGAGACAAUAUGGGGAAGUGGCCAACCUUCUCCAAGGUGUGGUGAAUGUGUUGGAGCACUUCAACAAAUACAUGGGGAUUCCUCAGAUCCGACAGCUUUCUGAAAGGGUGAAGGCAGCACAGAAUGAGUUGGGACAGCAGAUCCUGGCUGACUUCGAGGAGGCCUUUCCUUCUCAAGGUACAAAGAGGCCUGGUGGACCCAGCAAUGUCCUACGUGAUGCGUGUCUGGUCGCCAAUGUCCUGGAUCCCAGAAUCAAACAGGAAAUCAUCAAGAAAUUUAUUAAACAACACCUCUCGGAGUACCUGGUCCUUUUCCAGGAAAACCAAGAUGUGGCCUGGCUGGAUAAGAUUGACCGGCGCUAUGCUUGGAUAAAGCGUCAGCUGGUGGACUACGAGGAGAAGUACGGGCGGAUGUUUCCCCAGGAGUGGUGCAUGACGGAGCGCAUCGCUGUGGAGUUCUGCCACGUCACGAGGGCAGAGCUUGCUAAGAUAAUGCGCACGAGAGCAAAGGAGAUCGAGGUGAAAUUGCUUUUGUUUGCAAUUCAGAGGACAACCAACUUUGAAGGACUUCUGGCUAAACGCUUCUCAGGUUGCACUCUAGCUGAUGGGACAGUGAAGAAGCCAGAAGUGCCACCUCCCUCCACCAACCCAUUUCUGGAAGAUGAAACUGGGACAGAGACAGAUGAGAUUGUGAUCGAGAAAAGUGAUAUGGACAAACCAAAGAAGCCAAAGGUACCUGACAAUCCUUUUCACGGCAUUGUUUCCAAGUGCUUUGAGCCUCACCUGUAUGUGUACAUCGAGUCCCAGGACAAAAAUCUGGGCGAACUGAUCGACAGGUUUGUGUCUGACUUCAAGGCUCAGGGUGCCCCCAAGCCCAGCGUGGAUGAAGGAGGAGCCGUCCUGCCCAGCUGCGCCGACCUCUUUGUCUACUACAAGAAGUGCAUGGUGCAGUGCUCCCAGCUCAGCACGGGCGAGCCGAUGAUAGCCCUGACCACCAUAUUCCAGAAGUACCUUCGGGAAUACGCCUGGAAAAUUCUGUCUGGAAACCUGCCCAAGACAACUAGCAGCAGUGGUGGGCUCACCAUCACCAGUUUGCUGAAAGAAAAGGAGGGGUCAGAAGUGGCGAAGUUUACUUUAGAAGAACUCUGCCUCAUUUGCAGCAUCCUCAGUACCGCAGAGUAUUGCCUGGCGACCACCCAGCAGUUGGAAGAAAAACUCAAAGAAAAAGUGGAUGCAAGUCUAGUGGAAAGAAUCAACCUGACAGGAGAGAUGGACACUUUCAGCAUUGUGAUCUCCAACAGCAUACAGCUGUUAGUGCAGGACCUGGAUGCAGCCUGUGACCCUGCCCUGACUGCUAUGAGCAAGAUGCAGUGGCAGAACGUGGAACACGUUGGUGACCAGAGUCCUUAUGUCACCUCAGUGAUUCUCCACAUCAAACAAAACGUCCCCAUCAUCCGCGACAAUCUGGCCUCCACGAGAAAGUAUUUCACUCAGUUCUGCAUAAAAUUUGCAAACUCCUUCAUUCCCAAGUUCAUUAACCAUCUCUUCAAGUGCAAACCUAUUAGCAUGGUGGGCGCAGAACAGCUGCUGCUGGACACUCACUCUCUGAAGAUGGUUCUCCUGGAUCUGCCCUCCAUUGGGUCCCAAGUGGUGAGGAAGGCUCCUGCCAGCUACACGAAGAUAGUGGUGAAAGGCAUGACUCGGGCUGAAAUGAUCCUGAAGGUGGUCAUGGCUCCGCACGAGCCCCCGGUUGUGUUUGUCGACAAUUACAUCAAGCUCCUUGCUGACUGCAGCACAGACACCUUCCAGAAGAUACUAGACAUGAAGGGCCUGAAGAGGAGCGAGCAAAGCAGCAUGCUGGACCUCUUCCGCCAGCGCCUCCCGGCCCCCCCCUCCGGCACGGAGAACGCCGGCUCCCCCUCGCUGACCGGCGUGUCCCAAGCAGGGGUGUGCCCCUUUGGCACCUUCGCUGCCCUCCGAGGAGAGAUGCUGGAAAUGUUGGCUGUGAAGAGGAGCCUGGGGCUCUUUCCGGGACGGGAUGCUUAA